GUGUGAGUGAGUUAGAGUAAGAGUGUCAUGCAGGGCACAGUGAUCAUAGCAUGUGGGAUCUCCUCUAGCAGCCUUUCUUUGAUAUCACUGCAUCAGCAAUGACACUGGAGGGCUAUUAACACCAUCUCCUAUCUCCUAUUUAAUUCACAGGCUUCAUUGUUUCAUUUGAUUUUCAGUGACUUUUUUUUUCAUUAUGAAAUACACUAAUAUUACAACCGUCAAAGACUUCAUCAUCACUGGAUUCCCUGGACUUUCGCCUGAGUACUUUGGACCAGUAUCUGCUCUUCUUCUCCUCCUCUUCCUGGCUAUUGUGAUUGGAAAUGCCUUCAUUUCAGCUGUAAUUCUGUUUGAGAGGACUCUUCACAAACCCACAUAUGUGAUCUUUUUCCACCUCGCAAUGACAGACAUUAUUUUCAGUACUGUGACUCUCCCAAAAGUCAUUGCCAGAUAUUGGUGGAAUGACAUGGUAGCUUCAUUCGGCGCCUGCUUUACACAAAUGUAUUUUGUUCAUGCUUUGGGAGCAAUUCACUCUUUAAUUUUGCUGAUCAUGGCUUUGGAUCGCUUUGUUGCAAUAUGGUUGCCUUUUCGAUAUCCUGUUGCAUUUACAAACAAAAAAGUUUCUAUUGCUUGUAGCACGUGCUGGAUUGCAACCUUCAUUCGUAUGACGGGAGUCGUGCUUCACGCCUUGACUUUGCCCUACUGCGACAAAAAUGUCAUUCUACAGUGCUACUGUGAUCAUUUAUCAAUAACUAAGCUGGGAUGUGGUGAAAAUGUUGCAUAUGUUAAUAUUGUUGCACUUGGCAUGGCCUUGUUAGGUCUCUUGGGUCCUUUGACAUUCAUCAUCUUUUCUUACUUUUCCAUAAUCAUAGCGGCUCUGAAAAUGUCUUCUACGGAUAGGCAGUACAAAGUCUUGUCCACCUGUGCUCCUCAGAUCUUUAUCACCUGCCUUUAUUAUGUGCCGAGAUGUUUCGUCUAUCUCGCCAACUAUCUGGGAUUCACAUUUAGCACAGACGCUCGUGUUGUUAUCACCAUGAUGUACAGCCUCAUACCUGCUGCAGUCAAUCCGGUCAUCUACUGUUUCAAGACUAAAGACAUUAAAGAGGCUUUGAUACGGAGGUUUAAGAGCAGAAAAGUAAGCACUGCAUUUACAUUUACUUAUAAAGGAAAUAGUUAGUGAUUUCUCAUUAAAUGUGUCGCAUGUGUUAGUUGUCAUAAAAGUGCCAUAACAUUUAGGACGGUUGACAUAAAUUACAUCAUUACAAUUAUUUUUAUU